UGAAAGUAGUUGUCAGUGUGAGCAGAGCUGCAGACGAGUGUGUGGAAGCUCCAACAAACCUUAAACCCACUGCAACACAUCUGCUUCAAGUGUCAUCUAAGGUUCUUGGGUGGAAACAGUCCACAGUGGAGCUCAGUGGAAGCGGUCCAGUCCCACCUGUGUGCUUCUGAAGCCUGGGUCCCUUCAGUCCCAAGGACAUUCAACUACAACUGUGGACUUUGUGCAGGAAGAUGAAAGUGUUGGUGGUGGUUGGGCUCCUCAUCCACGUUUCCCAGCAUGCACUGGCUGUAGUGGUGCAGGCGUAUGAGGGGAUGGAGUCGGUCCUGCUGCCCUACCAGCAUUCUGGCGGGUUCCCGAACAUUCCCUUUUCAGUGGUUUGGAAACGCUCUGAUCUGAACCAAACAGUUAUUCACCGGCUUGAAUACAUGAGUGGUGGCUGUCUGAAAGAGGAAUACCGACACAGUGAGCGCACGUAUAUGAAGCCCAACGCACAGAAAUCUGGAGACUUCAGCCUCACUGUGAAGAAACCACAACUGUCUGACAGCAGCAGCUACACCUGUAACCUCCAAUGGGAAACAGAGAGGGGCGAGCCAAAAGAAGAGAAACGGACAGAAGUACAGCUGCAGGUCAAAGAUGACCAGGAGGAGGUGGAGGUCCAGCAGGGGGCGAAGUCUAUCCAGCUGCCUUGUAAAGCUUCAGCCGAUCUGCCUGAAGACACCACAGUGGACUGGACUCACUUUGAUCCACAACUGAUGUUGGUCCACGUGUCCCGGAGUAAAACUGAUGAUCUUCAAACACAGGACAGGUCUUACCGUGGCCGCACACAGAUGAAUGAAGACAUGAGUCUGACUGUGAAAAAGCCCACAGACACAGACGGAGGUGUGUAUAUCUGCACCGUCUACAGGGAAGGAGACGUCCUGAGGUCUAAAGUCCUGCUCCAGGUGGUCCCAGGUCGUUCAGCCUGGGCCACAGCUUUCUGGGUUGUCGUUCCUGUUCUUCUAAUCGCUCUAAUCACUCUAGGACUUUUCUUUAUUUUCCGAGGGUAUUUUCCUUCAGUCCAACUGGUGGAGGUGGAUUCAGAGGAGGAGUCUGUCCUGCUGCCAUGUCAAACUAUAGCUCACCUGACAAAGAACUCCAGAAAUAUGAGCGUUAUGUGGAAGAACUUACACAACCAACAGAUCCUUGUGCAUAAGUACGGCUCUGGAGAACCUGAUGAACAGGACCAGGAUUACACAGACAGAACAGAGAUGAAGAAACACUGGCUGAGAACUGGAGACUUCAGUUUAACCCUGAAACACCCAACGGACCGGGACACCAACGAAUACUUAUGCACCAUCUACAACAAAGACAAGGUCCUGAAGGAGAAACGAGUGGUGCUGAAGGUCAGAGUCCAACAGGUGGAGGUGGAUUCAGGGGACGAGUCUGUCCUGCUGCCCUGGAAAACCACAUUAUAUAUAGAGGAUGUCAGUCAGCUCACAGUGGAGUGGACGGACUAUUGGGACAGGAAGGUCCAUGUGUAUGAGGACGGCUCUGACAGAACUAAUGAACAGAACUAUAGAUACAGAAACAGAACAGAGAUGAAAGAAGACCCACUGAGAACUGGAGACCUCAGUCUGACCCUGAAACACCCCACAGACUGGGACACUGACACCUACACCUGCACCGUCUACAACAGAGACAAGCAGAUCCUGAGGAGGAAACGAGUGUUUCUGAAGGUCAAAGUCCAACAGGUGGAGGUGGAUUCAGAGGAGGAGUCUGUCCUGCUGCCCUGGAAAACCACAUUACAUAUAGAGGACGUCAGUCAGCUCACAGUGGAGUGGACGGACCGUUAUAACAGGAAGGUCCAUGUGUAUGAGGACGGCUCUGACAGAACUAAUGAACAGAACGAAAUAUACAGAAACAGAACAGAGAUGAAAGAAGACCCACUGAGAACUGGAGACCUCAGUCUGACCCUGAAACACCCCACAGACUGGGACACUAACACCUACACCUGCACCGUCUACAACAGAGACAAGCAGAUCCUGAGGAGGAAACAAGUGGAUCUGAAGGUCAAAGUUCAACAGGUGGAGGUGGAGGAGGGGGCGUGGUCAGCCCUGCUGCCCUUCAGAACGACCCCUGACCUGCCUCAGGACGCCAGAGUGGAGUGGAGGUACCAUACUAAUGACCGGAAAUACAUACAUGUCCAUGUGUCUGAGAAGAAGUCAGCUCAACCUGGUGAACAGGACGACAGAUACAGAAACAGAACAAAGAUGAAUGAAGACCCAUGGACGACUGGAGACUGCAGUCUGACCCUGAAUGACCUCCAACAGGACGACUCUGGAACAUAUGUAUGUGUAGUCAUCAGAGAUGAAGUCACCCUGAGAGGGAAAAGAGUGGAGCUGAAGGUCAAAGGUCAGAGUUCAGAUGCAGGUCAGAGGUCAGGUGUGUCUCUGUCCUCUGUCUCCUCUGCAGACAGAUCUCAGAUCAUAUAUCAGGUUCUUCCAAUAAGAGAAGAUGCAGAAGCUGAAGCAGCUGUUUGAUUGAUCUGUUGUGUGUGUGUUUGUGUUUGUCCAGUCCAACUCCUAAACUGAGGCUUGAUCUUAUUCCUCUUGAAUAUAUGAAACAGGUCAAUACAAUAGAAAUACACACACUUCAAAGCACUCAGACUGUGCUUUUCCACUCUUCAUUAUUGUAUUUCUAGUGUUUGUUUCUCUGUGAUGACAGUCUGUCCUCCAAACCAAAGAAAAUCCAAACUAUCAAAUCCAAA